AUGCAAAAAUUCAUUGACAAAGUUAAGCAACAAAAUGUCCAAGGAAACAAUUCUACUACCAAUGAACUUUUACCGGCCAAAAGGAUCCAGUUUAAUAAUAUACUGGGGAAAAAAAAAAUAGAAGAAGAGAAAGCAGAGUAUGCUAAGCAAUUAAAAGUUGUUAAGGAGUAUUACCGUACUAAAUUGAAAAAACGAGCAUUUUAUGCAAUUCUGAAUGAAUAUUAUAAACUACAAAGCCUUCUCUGUGUUUUUAAGUUUAGUGAUAUUCGAAGAAAGAGGAAACUAGUUUUUAUAUCCUUUCUAAAAAAUAAAUGUUCAAGUAAGUUGACAAAGUGUGUUACAAAGUCGAUCACCCAUUUCUUGGAUGCGAAACAAAGAAAAAUGCUAAAAUCCCGCUUCUUCAAAAUUCUUAAAAAUAAAUUUUUGAUCACAAAAGGAGUAUACUUAAAAAUAAAAAAAAAGAGAAUUCAUAAAGUUAUAAGGAGCUCAUUUUACAAAUGGUUGCACUUAACUGUAAAUAUUAUAGAAAAUAAAUUUGAAAAUGCACGUGGUUAUUACAUGUUAAGAAAAAAGAAAAGAUCUUUUUAUUUAUGGCAACGAAAAAUAAAGGAUGACAAAUUUUUUAAAAGUAUAGACAUGAUUUUUUUCAAAUUGGAGACAAUUGCAUCUUCUUGGACAAAAAAAUGA